GUAUGUACUACCUACGCCUACCUAAGGUCCAUAGGUACCUAGGUAGGUACGUUAAGUUGCUGCGCAAGUAACCUGCCGGACCUCCCCGGGCAUCACGCCGCCCCGUAUACACCCACCUAGAUUAGGUACUUGGGAUGGGUCCGAAGGUACCUAAGGUACUUACGCCUCCACGUUAGCAAGAGUAGGGUGGCCCAAGCUCCUUUGAAGCACCCCCUCUCCCCAUCGCACCUCCCCCACGCCACUUUAGUCAGCCCGGAGAGCUCCAAGGCAUCUAGAUUACGAAUCUCCAGCUUGACCUAUCGAGGACCAUCCGCAUCCUCAGGCUACAGGGAGACCCUGAGCCGAUACUGUUCAUCGACGUCGUUCUUCUCCUCAGGAGCCUGCCGACUCCAGUCUAGCUCGGGAAAGAUACAUACCAUGUCGUCCGAAUCGCAACCCAUAUCACCAGCACGCUUCGCCGAAGCUCUGAGAGAGCUGCCGGCCAGCACCCUGGCGAUUAAGGUCCUCGAACUACGCAACUCGAUAGCCCAUCUCGAUUACUCCAACGCCGAGCUGAAGCCGUUUGCCGAGGGUCACGCACCGACUCUCGAGCAGCAGCAGACGGGCGCGGCAGCCGGGCAGCCGGACCAAGACUGCGUCGAUGCCAUCGCUGAGAACGAGGCCGUCAUCGCGCGCAUGCAAGAGCGCAUCGAGCUGAUCAAGGCCGAGGUCGAGGCCCGGGGGCUCAGCUGGCGCGAGUUCCAGGGCAAAGCCGACGAAGACGAAGGCGACGGCGACGGCGAGAAGGCGCCUGCUGCAGCGGACGCGUCGUCGGCGUCGAGCGUACCUAACGGCACCGUGAACGGACACGGACCGGCGGGUCCGCAGACUGAACAGCAAGAACAACACCCGGCAUGGAGCGACGGCACAUUCCAGAUCGGAACUGUUGGCCAGCUGCAGGAAGUCGACCAAGAGCUCCUCCGCCGGCUUCAGAGUCGGAUUCCACCCGAAAAUGGCGAGGAAGGAGAUGGUCCGGAGGGUGGAGUGUACUUAUGACCUCGUUUCUUCUA